CGAAGAAGAAUGCUUUCCCUUCGCCUCAGUGUGCAGGUCGCACCUGUCCUCACCAUGUUGUCUUGUCUUCUGUCUCGAGGUGUCUGCCAGGCUGUGGCGAAAGUGAGACCCACGUCUUACCCGACGUUCGGCUCAGUUUUACGGGCUUUUACAACCUCAAGUCCUAAAUGUGGCGGAACAACCGAAAGUGCUUCAGUGGUGACCUACUCCCAGCUGAAGACCAUGCUGUCCAGCCAAAACAUCCAGCUGUUUGAUGUGAGAAAUCCUGAUGAACACCUGGCUGGACGCAUUCCACAGGCUGUCAACAUCCCACUGGGCAUCCUGGAGGAGUCUCUGAAGCUGUCCCCUGAACACUUUCGUCAGAUAUUUGAACUGAAGGCUCCUGGGAAAGAUGACGACAACAUUGUGUUUCAUUGCAGAAGUGGCAUCAGGAGCUCCAAAGCACUGGAUAUUGCCCGUCAGCUGGGAUUUAACAGGGCGAGACAUUACAAAGGAGGGUACAGUGAGUGGGCCGAGGAAGGAGCGAAAUGAACCUGAGUCAAACUCUGUUAAGUUCCUAGCUAAUACAAAACUACAGAACUUCAGUUAUUCUUGAAUUUACUUUUUUAAUACCAGUUUAAAGAAUUAACUUAUGUUCCUUGUUACAUUAGCUACUGAUGUUACACUUUUUUCAAGUUUUGCAUUAUGCUUCUUAACCUUUUUAUUCUGUGAUUCUUCGUGUUGAUUAAAUGAUUUACAAAUUUUAA